AUGGCUUCUCGCCAACACAACCUCCGACCUGCAUCGGCGCGCCGCAUACCGCAGCGCUACAAAAGCAGGGACAAGGAAGGCGGCGGAGAAGCGCAAACCCGAAAGCCGUCUGGAAAUCACACUUCGGCUUCUAUAUCUUCUGCGCGGCCGCAGAGUUCACGCCUCGGAAAGUACUGCGCGUUUCCGUCUCGUCCGCUCAACGAUCCGGACCCGGGACCAAGUGAGUUGGUCAAGGCCAUGGGAGAGUGCUGCUUGCCCAGCGAAAAGACGCAAGAGCUGGAAAGAAUAUUGAGAGGUGCGGAUUCGCGCCAAGACCAAGGCACACAAGCGACUGCGACAUCGCCGAGGAUGGCUCUUGUUGCCAGACUGCCGCCCAUGGAAUCGGGCCUGGCCAGGUCGCCAGACGACUUGGAGGCACCGCUUGUCCGGGAGGAAAUCGAGUGGGGGUCUGAUUCGAACGACGAGCCGCCGUGCGCGUAUUCCGACAUGUCUGGCGCAGGUUCGCGCGGUGGCGAGCUAGACGUCCCGUUGGGCCAGCAGGAGCUGUUGUAG